CUAUAUACAGUAGCCAGGUCAGGUUGUGCCGCCGGCCCAGUGCAGUACAGUUAGUACCUACCUAGGCAGCUCACCAAUUUACCUACCUACCUAGGUACCCUAGGCACAACGCUGUGCAGCUCAGCACAGACUUCAGAGCGCUCUCCCUCCACUCGCUGUCUCCUCCCUCAUCUCUUUGGCCCGCCCCUCCGUUGCUUCUGCUCCUCGCCCACAUCCACAUCCACAUUCACGACCAAACCAAAGCAGACCAGUCUACCUCCACCACAACCACCAUUACCACCCGACCAUUAUUCUUCAGCCUUGGACGCCUGCCCGCCUCCUAACAUCAUUCAGCCCUCCGCCGUCCUGCCUUCGAUAUCCCUUCCUGCCGCCGGACAGGAUAAUUUUGGACGACGUCUAUAGAUCACGGCGGCAUAUCUUGGUAGACCCCACUGCGGCGCCGACAAAAGACAAUAUCCAGAAACGACACCACCGCCCAUCCACCCACCACCUUACCUAACCUUACGCCAUCCAACACCCACCGCAACACCAGACCAGACGUGUGCCGUUGUAGCUUCCAUCAUCCAUCCAUCUCCCUUCGUGUUGGCUCGGCUCGUCAACAUCAACUACUUCCGCUGUUUCCAAGUUCUCGGCUCCGAUUAAUCCUCACCUCCGCCUUGGCCCCGCCAUUCGAAUCCACAGCUAUCGAUUCUGACCUUUGCCUCCCUCGAUCAACAACCACAACCCCUCCUAACCCCCGCCCUCGCCGCUCACCAAGAUGGUUGAUAGCGAGACAAAUUCGCCCACGUGGAAGUUCACGCAGUGUUUUGGUGACAAGGGCGAUGUUGAGGACAUCACCGAAGCUGAUAUCAUCUCGACGGUUGAGUUCGACCAUACCGGAAACUAUCUCGCUACUGGCGACAAGGGAGGUAGAGUAGUGCUCUUCGAACGAAACGAGACGAAAAAAACCUGCGAGUACAAGUUUCACACCGAGUUUCAGUCGCAUGAGCCCGAAUUCGACUAUUUGAAGUCCCUUGAGAUCGAGGAGAAGAUCAACAAGAUAAAGUGGUGCAGGCGACAAAACGCUUCACACUAUCUGUUGUCUACCAAUGACAAGACAAUCAAGCUAUGGAAGGUGUUCGAGAAGUCGCUCAAGGUUGUGGCGGAGAACAAUCUCUCUCACGAUGUAACUCCUGGGAGCAUUGCAGGUGGUGGCGGUGCUCCCAAGCCUUUACCGUCUCAUCAGUUUAAGAACGCCGCCGACCUAAAGCUGCCUCGGCUCACACAUCAUGACACAGUGGUUGCCGCCGUGCCACGCCGGACAUACGCCAACGCUCAUGCCUAUCAUAUCAACAGCAUCUCGGUGAACAGUGACGGGGAGACCUUCAUCAGCAGCGAUGACUUGCGAAUCAACCUCUGGAACCUCAAUAUUCAGGACCAAAGCUUCAACAUCGUUGACAUCAAGCCUGCCAAUAUGGAGGAACUUACUGAAGUGAUCACAGCAGCCGAAUUCCACCCCAUGAGCUGCAACUGGUUCAUGUAUGCCAGCUCUAAGGGCACCAUCAAGCUUGCUGACAUGCGAGAGAGUGCUCUAUGCGACCAGCAUGCGAAACUAUUCGAGCAAGAAGAAGACCCCUCGUCGCGAUCCUUCUUUUCCGAAAUCAUCUCCUCUAUCUCAGACGUCCGGUUCUCACAUGACGGCCGAUACAUCUUAUCUCGCGAUUACCUCACCGUAAAGAUUUGGGAUAUCAACAUGGAGCGACAGCCUGUAAAGACGAUACCGAUCCACGAGCAUCUCCGACCACGAUUGUGUGACACAUACGAGAACGAUAGUAUAUUCGACAAGUUUGAAGUUGUUUUCUCUGGUGAUGCGAAGAAUGUUAUGACGGGCAGUUAUAACAACAAUUUCAUGAUCUAUCCUUCAGACCCUGACAAGGAGGUCGAGGUGGUCCUUCAGGCGGACAAGUCGGCUUUCAAGGCGAAGAAGGUUGGUGUGCCCACACCAAUCAACGCUUCGACAAGCCCAACAGCCACCAAUGGCAAAAAGGGUGGUUCUAGGGCUGGCAGUCCAGGCGGUCAGGGCCAGCGAAUGCGUAAGGAGACAGACGCGGACCAGAUCGAUUUCAACAAGAAGAUCCUGCACAUGAGUUGGCAUCCCUUCGAGGACAGCAUUGCAAUUGCAGCUACGAACAAUCUCUUUGUCUUCUCGGCACUCUAGACCAUGGUAAUGGCGUUCAUCUCGUAGGGCAGUUAAGCGAUCCAGUCCCUGGCUGGAAGUCGAAGUCGCAACAGCAAGAGCAUAAGUACUUCAGCCUCCGUCAUGGUGGGAUCUGCCCAGUUCUUCUUGGGCACGGCAUGAUAUCUCGAUGGCGUAGGAAACGAUAAUACGGAACAGCACGACCUACUAUACUUAGAAGCGAUAGCACUUAUCAUCGAUAGUGCUUGGAAUGAAUGCUACGCGGAGAGAAGGAAGAACAGCUGGAAGAGGCCCUUUGGAUGUGGCCGUUGAAGAGACUGACGAUAGAAAGCUACUGGCUAUCUGUCUAUGAAGCAAGCGAAUGAACCAGCGGGACGAGCCACAUGGGAGGGAGGUGAAUGGAUGCAUCGGCUGGCGUUUGGUCGCCACGUGUAGCAGAAACCACAAAGAGACUAUUGAGAAUCAAAGAAAUGCCACUCAUGCCUGAGAAGAAGCCAAGUUGAAACUAUGGCCGGCUAUUCGCCCGCCAUUCGGGUCAGUGGAGUCUCAAGGGAGACUGAUGAUGGAUAAUGAAUGGUAAGGUUAGAUGCAGGGGCCGCAUUGAACGCCUCUAAG